AUGGAGGAGAAGGUGGCUCUAAUGAUGUGUGAUAGGUGCGAUGGUGGCCAAAGUUAUGAAAUGGGACACACAAGUUGUGUAGUGGUCGUAGGACAGGUUUGGGUGGUUGGAGGAAGUAGCCACUGGAUGGUGCGCGAAGGCGCAAUGACUAGGGUUCGAGUGUGUAGUUUGGGUGUGGUUGGCAAUGGUGGUGUGCAACAAAGAUGGUGGUGGUUGAAGGUAGCCACAGGUCAAGCUGGAAGAUGGUGCGAGGAGUGGCUUGCAGUUAAGGGUGUCAAAGUAUGGAACAGAUUAAGUGAGAUUGAAGGUGUGAGGAUGGGGCAGGGAGGCACGAGUGGGAAAGAAAAUGAAGGUUCUGGACAAUGA